CUCCUGGUUCAGACGCGUUCAGUCCGCUCGGCAGUUGGUGAGUGAGGCUGAAGCAGGAGAGAUGCCGGUUAGAAGGAGAGUAGGUAAAAGUAUGUGUCACCGUCGGAUAGCAGCCUGAAUAGACACAUCUUUUAAAGAUUGAUUGGUAAAGGGGAAAAAAAGAUUUAUAAACAUAAGCAGCGGCAAAUCUUCCUGGAAUGAACGAUGUUCAGUCAGCGGUUCACCUCCUGGUCAGGUGAUCUUCAUCUGGCGACCUAGAGCAUCAGUAGUUUGAAAGUGGCAUGGCCCCAGCUUUGACCAGAACCCUUAAAGAUGGCCACGGGAUCCACCUGUCAUCACCUCCUGCGUCUGUCAGAAUGGACACUGAUUUUGAGUCUCAGUUGAGAUCGACAGAUGACGCUGACCUCCAGAAAAUGUGGAUGAACCUUUCCUUGUGCUCGCCUCUAGACUCCUGCCUCCCUGUGAGCCCCCUGGAUAUCCCUGCCAACCCGCUGUUUUCCCCGUGUCCCCAGGCGUCUGCCAGCCAGCGUGACGCGGUGCUCCUCCCCAGCUCAGCUUCCCUCCCUGACCUCCUUUCUAUCGGGGAAGGCCUGAGAGAUUCUCAUCAGGUGGCCUCUGUCUUCCCAGGUGUACCAGACAUGUUUUUAGUUGCUGUCCCUGAACACAAUAGCCAAGUGGCUCGUCUGCUGCAUGGAUGCAAUGCUGCUCCUGAAUGUGGGCCAGAUGGUGGUGAUGUGCAUCACUCCCCUCUUACCCUCACCGUUGCUCCUCCUUUAUAUUGCAACAGGGAGAUAAAUUACCAGGACUUCACUCGCGCCUACUCUUCUAUAUUGACACAGGAGAACGUGGCCAGAAUUGGCUGUCCUCCUCCACCUUCAGUGCAGCCUUGUAGCAGCAGGGUGAACACUGACCAGCCGGUUUCAAGGGUUGUCUUGGAGGAGGCCGUGAAGGAGCAGCUCUCCAGGCAGGCAGGGCUGCACAGCCGAGCUCAGAGGCUGCAGAGGAGACUGCAAGCCCUGCUAGGAGAGCACGCUUUGCUACACUGCCAACAGCAGCUGGAGGGGCUGAAAAGGCACUACCAACAUGAAUUUCUCUCUCUCGACUGCCCAGACCCCAUACAUCCUGAUAUACUACCUCCACAAGUGGGCUGUAAACCCCAUUUUCCUCAGCAGGACUUGUCCACAGGCUCAUCUUCUUUUAUGGAGCUCAGAGAGUUCAGCCUGUCCAACCAGGCGGUGCUGAGAGGCCUGCAGGAGGCUUUGGACUCUGAGGCCACAGCCAGCAGCAGCUCAGAUGAGGAGAAAGAGGAGCUGAGGAUUCACAGCAAAAUCAAUACUUCCCCUGUCAGCAACAGCAGCAGCAGCAGCUAUGAGAGGCGGUGGCUAGAAGAGAGAGCGGAGCUGGGCAGCAGAUGGAGCUGGUUGAAUCUGCGUCUGGCCGAGCUGGAGGGGAGGAUACAACAGCUGGUGGAGCUCCACAAACACAUCCGCUCCACCAAGGGCGGUGUGGUGCUUGCAGAGUCCCAGCCUCUGACAGACAGACAGAUUCAGCAGACCCUGCUGAGAGAGAUGGCGGGGUUGUCCUGCACAGCUUCGGAUGCUGACACCGAACCCUGCAGUCCUGCACGCCUCCUGCGCAACAUAGAGAGACAGAGUGCUCAGCUCAGCCAGAUUGUCAACAGCCUGAUGACUCCUCUCAGCUUUUCACCGCUCUCAAAACCACCACACACCUGGAAGGGCAAGAGGGCCUUCGCAAGUGGUCAGACAGGACAUGAUGCCUUUGUGCCUGCGAGCUCUAAGAAGAGGAGACUGGGGAGCAGGAGGCUUUUCAAAGCAGAUGCGUCAUGCGUGUGCGCCCGGACCAGACCCCUGGUCACAUACCACAAGCCCAAACUGUUCGCUCUCAGCACCUACAACCCCCACAGUGCACAGGACUCUGGGACGUCAGUGUCUACACUCUCCUCCUCUCUCUCGUCGUCCUCCUGUUCAUGUUGGUCAUCUUGUGAUCCUGUAGUCCUGUGCUCUGAUCCUGACUGCAGCUCCAACUCCAGUGGGGCCCUGUCCUCCAGAACCACUGGCUCCACACCUCACCCUGCGUUGUCUCUUUCAUUUGACACUCCUCUGUCAGAUCACAUAAAGACGGCCCAGGCCAGAGAAGAAUGGUCCUUGAAGCCUUUGGUUGUCAAUGUCCAUCCAUCCAGUGCAGCAUGCUACAACAGACGCAGCUCCACACCGCUGCAUAACAGUCAUAAAUACAAGCAGCGUGGAAGGCAUCAUAAAAGCAGAGUUAUGGUUCUAUCACCAAUCGGGAUGGCGGGCUCUGCCAAGGGUCAACACAGGAGAGCCAAUCAGAGGAAAAGGAAGAGAAGACGCAUCCCCAGGCUGAUAGAAGAGGAAGAAAAUGUUCUGUACCAGCUCUGUGACACAGAGGACAGUUCAGAUGAAGUGCUAGAGGAAAGCUACACACAGAUUGCAAGCAAGCGGGCCUCGCAGGGGUUUGUGCGCAAACGCCAGGGAGUGAGCGAGUACAACAUUAACAACAUUGUCAUCCCCAUGACAGCAGCUAAAGUGGAAAAGCUGCAGUACAAAGACAUCCUGACGCCCAGUUGGCGGCUGGUUGACACCUUACCUCUGAUAAACAGGGAGGCAGAGAAGGUGGAGGACAGUGAGGAGGGGCAGGUGGAGGAUCUCACAGAUGAAAUAAUGGCCCAGAGACACCUCGCCCUAGAACAGAGUGAGAAAAUGCGCUGGGGAUCCUGGGGGAAUAGAAAAUGCUGCAGGCGUCCUAACAGAUCUGGCAGCAGGUUGUCAGGCAGUGGGGGCGGGAUGUGCACAUCAGGAGAGGAGAGCUCUGUGGAAUUGUCUAGUUGUGCUCAGCUGGAUACUGAUGAACAGCAAAGCUCGGAGGAGUGGCUGCCUCAGACACCCUGGGAGCCGCGAGUGUUUCCCCUGGAUGAGCACGAAGAAGAAGCCCUGCUCUCUGCCGACCAAGAAAGAGUGUCAUCAGGGUGGUCAGAGUGCAGCCGUGCCUCCACCACGUCAAAGAACUCCAACUCCCAUCUCUCCCCAGCUCGGUCCUCUGGUGCUACACUGCCCUCUGGUGGACAAAGCAAGAGCAGAACACCCGAUGGCAGCUGAGAGAGCAGUGCCUUACUUUUUUACAUAUUUCCUCGCAUCUGGGACCACAGCGAGAAAAUACACCCUGAGAAGUUUAAUAGGAAUACUUCAUACACUCCACAAUUACAGUUAUUUGAAAUUUAACUCCUUAAUACUUUGAAGCAAAAGUAUUUAUUUAGUGAGUAUUGUUAUAUUUGUCAUAAUAGUUUGAACUGGCUACUGUAGCUUCUUGUACACUUUCAGGUUUUAAUACACAAGAGGUACUGUAUGUAAAGAAAUAUGUACCAUCACAGCCCCACAGUAGUGUCAGGUUUAUAUACUGUUUGUAGUUGUCACAUGCUAUUUAUUUACACAGUUGUCUUAAAAAAAAAGUCUCUAUAGAAGACUUAAGUACGUAUAUAUAUUUAUGUAACUUGUCUUUGUAUUAAUAUGUACGUGUGUUAUUGGAUUUUUUUCUGUUGAUGUUUUUAUUUUGCUGUAUAUUUUCUAUGAAGAAAGAACAAUUGUUGGUAAAUAUUAACAUCAGUUAACACAU